CUCCAAGCACUACUUACCUCAGUCGACGACGACUUCGCGCCGAUCACUGCUCUUGCAGCAACAGGACAGGCAGAGUAAAAAAACAGAGGAUUGACCAUGUCGUGGGCCCAGCGAUUUCUCCCGCUGGCCGUGGCGUCAUCCAUCGGCAUCAUCUCUGGCGUCUACAUCUUUGACCCAAUCGUCCGGCAGUACACCGUCGACGCGGGUCUUGCGCCUGAGCACCGCGCCCUGCUCCGCCCAAAUCCCGACGAUGCAGCAGAAGGAGCACAGCAGAGCGGUGGAAAGAGCGGCGGAGAACUGCAACGAGAACUGAACGCCGCCAUUCCGAGAGAGCUAGGCCAGGACACGAAGGGGCAACAGCAGCAGCAAAAGGUCGUCUAAGAAAAGCGCCGAGAUACAAGAUCAUGUGGGGCCCUCAGGACUGAAGCAAGAAUGCAGUGGCUGGAUGAAGCUCUCAAUGUAUAUUUAUUGUCCGUAGAGGUGUGCGAGAACGAGG